AUGAAUGCUGUGGCUGGAGAGAAUGUGUUACAAUCGUGCCUGUCCAGGAAAGGUAAACCUCCACCAAGACUUGGAUGGGCUUUAAGCUAUGACGCUGAAUGCCGAAAUAUUUCGGCAUGGCUCGGUGAAACCCGUGUGAAGUUUUCUCACCUGUUCAAAAACACGAUAGCGACACAGGAGUCUCUACAAGCAGAGAUCGAAGAGGAGAUUCAAAAGGACGGCCACGGUUAUAUAGUUUCUAGUAAUAUCAGACCUUUCUCACUGAGACUAUGGCUUACCACUGAUGGAUGUUCUCACUCUAAUUCUAAUCUCAAUGUGGCCCCGAUAAGCCCUUUGCUGCUCCCACUGGCGUAG